AUGGCAGAUGGUCGGACAAGUUUUGCAUUGGGCCAAGCUAUGAUGUAUCACAAUUUCGGCUUGACCGUGCAGACCUUCUUCUUUGGUGGAUACUCUGUGCUGAUCCUGCUCGCAACGCGCCUGUUCUUACAGCGGGGACUUCAAAAAAUGUCGACAAGAGUUCUGUGUGCCCUCAGUCUCUUCAUGUACUGCAUUUCCACGGCUUAUUGGGCGUAUACGGUGGCGGAUGUUGUCGCAGCUACCCAGAACUAUAUCGAUCCGGCCAAUACGCAAUGGGCAACUUUCUUUACCCAAGUCUCCGUUCCGUUCACGCUCUGGAACGCAAUUGUGCUUAUCAACUUUGUCAUCAGCGAUGGGAUCGUCAUAUGGAGAGCAUGGGUCAUCUGCAGACGAAGUCAUCGUGUUUAUCUAUCGAUUCCCAGUACAUUCUUACUGCUUACAAUUGCUUCCACCAGUGGCCUCAUUGCAUUGCGCACCAUUGACAUUGUCAAGCCGGGGUGGCUCAGUCAUGCCAUUCUCACCCGAGCGAUCGACAUAAUGCAGCUAUCCAACAUGACCACCUCCUUGCUCUCCAACCUCAGUGCAACUGGACUUAUCGGCAUCGAGGCGUGGCGACAUCGAAACACCAUUAAGCGCGCAUUCAAACGCAAAACCACGAAAGUAAACCAAGUCUUGCUGCUAUUACUCGAGUCUGGAACAAUAUAUUGUUCGACCGGAGUUAUUGGAAUCAUUUCACAGUUGAUUCGGCUUCCACACGGAACACUGAACGAUCUGCUUGUACCGGUUAACAUCCAACUGGCGGGAGCAUACGCACCAGCACUUUUGCUGCUUAUCAGUUCUCGUACUUCGGCGGACGACACAGAAUUUUUGGGGACCAUACCUACCUCGGAAAUGGUGAACGACACAAGACCGAACGGAUUUGCAAGCAAUGGGCGGCUGCGAGAACGAGCGCUUGUCGUCAGUGCUCUCCGUUUUGCAGUCAAUCCGGAUUCGAGCGAUCCUGAGCAAGCCUAUGCCACUACCUCCUCUUUCUCUCCAAUGGACGUGAAUUCCCCACAAAGACCAUCCCAGGAGGAGCGGCAGGAAAAGAGCAUUAGAGAAAAGCGGAGUGAUCUGACUUAUGUAGAAUGA